AUGCCAUGCUUCAAAGGUCUCGCCGUCAGCAUACACACGCCGGAUGGUCCCAUCCCGGAGUAUUCCAUCCAACGACAAUCGCGAGCGUCCCGUAUAGCCGGUUUUAUUCCGGUGCCACCGCCCAAGUUUCCUGAUUCCGCUACUGGAAAACCCGAGCAAUCUACCUUUGCGGUCUCAAUCACCCUCCUCAGCUCCGGACAGGAUGUUCCAUAUUCCACACCGAAACCAACGCCGGAGAACCCCUCGCCCAAGGCAAAGGUGGUCGGAGGUCUCCCGGGCCAGACGGGCGAGCGAGGACAGUACAGCAACAUGGUUGCCCCCUACCAGCCCCUGACAAACUCACCGAACGAAACGAUUGCGGCGUACAUCUAUUUUGACGGUCGACAAAAGGAAGAAGUAGCCACUCUGCUCCGCAGAGGAGAGGAGACCUGGGUCAAUUCUCGUUGGGUCAGCGUACCCGAUUCCGAGGGAGGUGGCCUUGCAGAGCGGGAGUUUUUAUUCCGGGAAGUUGGUUUGGAGAGGUGGCUCAAUGGCUUGGACCUGGAGGGAAAGGAUGCUGCCGCCAAAAUAGAACGCCGAAGACAGAAGAUCGAAAAGCGUCGUCAGAAUCGAAACUCGACCGAUGGUAAUGGCGACAUGCAAACGAAAGCCGACAAAGGAAUCAUGCGAUAUGGCAAUGAUGCGCUGGAGGAUGUGUCGGACGAUGAAGUGUCUUCCGAUUCCGACGACGAUCCUAUUCCCGAGUCUGCCGGACAGAUUAAGGUGGCACUUUACCGUGUCCUGGCCUCCGGGGAAAUCAAACGGGGCGAAUACUCUCCGCAAUUCGACGCACAUGACGACGACGAUGAGGCCGCGGGGAAUGGUGGGGACGCAGGCGCUGACAUUGACCAUACUACGAGUUUCGCGAAACCAAAGUCAUUGGAUCCGAAGUCCAUCAGCACCCAGACGGUGACGGGUAUUGACCCGACAGACAAGCCUUAUGCGACUUUUACUUUCAUGUACAGAGGAUCACGGCAAUUGCAAAAAAUGGGCAUCUUGAAAGACCCCAAGGCACAAGAAACCCCAGGUUCUACCAAGAGGAGGUCACUCCAGCCUGAUUUCUCCAACCUUGGACCGCUCAAGCCGGGUGGUACUGUGGGAUUUCUCAAUUUCCGGGACAGCAAGCAGGAGAAGCGGAAGAACAAAAAGAACAACAAAGCCGAAAAGGACGUUGAUGAUAUGGACAGCGAUGAUGAUGAUGAUGAUUCGAUCCUCGGGAAAGCCGAUGACGAAGAGGCCAAAGAGGAUACCCAUCAUCUCUCUCCGGACGAUUCCAGAUUCGGAGGUGAGCUUGCAGAGGGUGUUCGCAAAAUUAAGCUUAAACGCCAACACUCUGCCGCUUCUUUGUCUGGCAGUACCAAGGCCGAUGCUGCGAACACUUCCGCUUCUGGCGAGGCCAAGCAGCCCUCAUCAAGUUUGUCUACGAGUCCUCCAACCGCAUCUGCGACAGCUACUUCGGCAUCAGACCUAUUCAAGCCGGCUAUGAAUGCGGCAAACGGCGAAACUGCUGGAAGCCCUCUGAAAAAGCAACGAGCCAGCGUAUCGGGAGCUGAUGAAAAUGCCAUCAGAAAGCGGAUCGGGUCGGGCUUGUCCACAAACAUCACCGAUGCUCUAGGUAAUUCCGGUGCGGCCACCACAGGGCUCGAUACCACUUCGACACCUUUCGGAGAGUCUCUCAGAACUCCAGAGCCUGGGCCGCAGCAGGUUACUUCUCAGCCACAGGAUGAAGAGGAGCUAUAA